AUGUCACUGCUCGGUGAUUUAUUCCAGCGUCUGGUGCGUUUCAUCCUCGACCGCAUUUGCCUGCUGAUGGAGCUGCUCUUCUACACCGACAAUCAGGCUUACCUGCCGCCCAUCACCGAUCCGCUGCUGCUGCAGCCGGCCACCAUUCUGGCCGCCCAGAUCAAGUCUGGAAAGCUUAAAUCAGAAACAGUCGUUCAGGCCUUCAUCAGCCGCAUCCGCGAGGUUCAGCCACUGAUCAACUCUAUCAUCGACGAGCGCUUCGAGGCGGCGCUGGAAGAGGCGCGCACCCUUGAUGCGACCAUCGCCAAACAGCUGGCAGAAAAAGGGGAGCUGGACGCCUCCCUUCGCUCUAAGCCCUUCCUCGGCGUGCCCUACACCGGCAAGGAUGGCCUCGCCAUGAAGGGACUCCGCUUCAGCUGUGGCAUGCCCGACCGAAAGAACAUCCGAUCAGAUGAGGACUCCUCCAUUGCCAAGCUGUGGGCGGAGGCGGGGGCGAUUCCGCUGGCGAUGACCAACGUGCCCGAACUGCUGCUCUGGUGGGACACUGUAAACAAGUCCUUCGGGCGCACCCACAACCCCUACAACCGGGCCCUGAUUCCGGGCGGCAGCACCGGCGGCAACGCCUCGCUCAUCUCCUCCGCCGGCAGCGUCAUGGGCAUCGCCUCCGACAUUGGCGGCUCCACCCGCCUGCCCGCCUACUUCUGCGGCGUCUACGGACACGCCUGUUCGAUGGCCAACAACAACAGUGGCAAAACCAUCCUCGUCACCGGCGGCUCUGGCUUCGUCGGCUCGCACUGCGUCCUCGAACUCCUCGAACACGGCUACCAGGUGGUGGUCGUGGACAACCUAGUCAACUCGGUGCAGCUGAAGGACAGCCCACUGCCGGAGAGUCUGAUUCGCGUGCAGGAGAUCACCGGAAAGCGGGUGACCGCCUUCUACAAUGGCAACAUCGGUGACAGCGCCUUCCUCGCCUCCGUUUUCAAGGCACACCAGCCCGUGGACGUGGUGAUGCACUUUGCCGCGUUGAAGUCGGUCGGCGAGUCGGUCUCCUCGCCGCUGGCCUACUACCGCAACAACGUCGCCGGCACCAUUACCCUCCUCGAGACGAUGCAGCAGUUCGGCGUGAAGAAGUUCAUCUUCUCCUCCUCGGCCACCGUCUACGGCUCGCCCAGCUACCUGCCCCUUGAUGAGCGCCACCCCAUCGGCCAGUCCUGCUCCAACCCCUACGGCAAGUCAAAGUUUGUCGUGGAGACGAUGCUUGCUGACCUUGCUGCUUCUGAUCCCGCCGGCUGGUCCAUCGUCUCGCUGCGCUAUUUCAACCCCGUCGGUGCCCACCCCUCAGGGCGGAUCGGCGAGGACCCGGCGGGCAUUCCCAACAACCUGAUGCCCUUCAUCACGCAGGUGGCCGCCGGUCGACGGCCGCAGCUGUCGGUCUUUGGCGAUGACUACGAGACGGCGGACGGCAGCGCCAUUCGCGACUACAUUCACGUUCUCGACCUGAGUGACGGGCACAUUGUGGCGCUGGAGAAGAUGCUCCAGGAGGAGGAGAACUGGAAGGGCUAUCACGCACUCAACCUCGGCUCAGGAAAUGGCGUCUCCGUCUUUCAGGUAAUUGCCGCCUUUGAGAAGGCAACCGGGGUGAAGAUUCCCUACAAAGUGGUGGGCCGUCGCCCGGGCGACGUGCCGGCGGUGUACGCCGAUGCCCGCCUCGCCGAGCAGCGACUGGGCUGGAAGACGAAGCACAGCAUUGAGGAGAUGUGCGCCUCUGCCUGGAACUGGCAGUCGCAGAAUCCCAAAGGUUUCGCUAGUUAG